GCAGAAAUGGCUACCGGUUUAAAUACUGUUGUAUCGGAGAAUAUAGAUACGAAUUCAUUGAAAAAUGGACAGAUGACAACUGCGGAGGAUACAGAGAAGAAAAAAUAUAAUUUUCGAGCUACAAUAUUUUUGACCGCUGUCGCUGGUAUGUCUACUAUCAUUGGGUUUGGAGCAGCAUUAGGAGCUGUAAAAAAGCAGGAUCCCAAGGGUUUUAGCGAAGGCAUAGUUGGGGCUAAAGGCAUGGCCGAAACCGGAUCGUCAUUGGCUCUUAGAGCUUUAGGCUGGGGUACUUUGUACGCCGUCUCAGGUUGCAGCAUUUUCUUUUACGCUAUAUGGAAACUUUCGGGAGCCACGAAUGCCGCAGAGUUUCGAUUGAAAAUGGGUUCUCUGUUACCCACUAUACCAAAAAAUGAUCCUCCUCAAAGCAGAAUAGAAUUUGAGGGACUCACUGACUUGCUGAAGUACGUUUCCGAGGACUGGGGCAAAGAGAAUACUCCAACGACAAAAUGAUAAUUAAUUAUUUUAAACGUUGAGCAAUAUCAAAGUAACGUAUAUUUAUAUAUGUGUACUGCUUUCCUGUAAGCAGCUGUUAUCUAAGUUCAAGAAAUACGAAACUCUAAGAGAGAGAGUUGUCCAACAGGGACCUGACAAGUGCUGACAUCUUUAAGACCGACGGAAACAUGUAAGCAGAACUUGACGUGGGAGGAUUAAAGAGAAAUUAAUGGGAACGAAGAAAUACUUUCUCCGCGUUAUGUUGCUGAUAUUUGCAAUUAGUUGUGACUAGGGAAGCAAUUAAAAAUUAAGUUUCCUAGAAAGCUAAACAGUUAGUUAACACAAGAGAAUUUUAUAAGUGUUUUUCCCCCCAAAAAAUUAUAAACGUUAACGA